AUGUCUGAUAUGGCCGUUUCUUCGUCGUCUCUCUCGAUGUUUUUUCUUCUUUGCUUUUCGCGGCCGCAGGUGGAAGCUUUUGACUUUAUUUUUGGAACGGCAUGGAAUAACAUACCGCCGGAGGAGCAUGGACCCACCCACUUCCGCUUUUGGGGUUCCAGAGGUUGGCAGCGAAGCCGCCGAAGGGACGUCGAGGAAGCAAGUUUCAACGCCGGCAUCGCAGAGCACCAGACAUCACAGGAAGACCGCAGCAGCGACAAGCAGCAGCAGCAGCAGCAGAAGAGCCGCCAGCUAGCAGAAGAACUACCUGACUUCCGACUGAGCUCCUCUGAGCCUUGUGACCUCGGACACUACCCCCGCCUUAGCUCGCUUGCCGCUUGUCUUACAAGGCCGCAAGUUGAUAUCAAACUCUUCAACACCCAUCACCAGCCGAUAAGCGGUAGCAAAAUGCAGGCCAUACCAGACGCCCGUCAUCAGACGUUCGAGGAGAUCUAUGGGCCUCCCGAGAACUUUUUGGAGAUCGAAGUGAGGAAUCCUCAGACGCACGGCACAUCCCGCAAUAUGUAUACGUCGUAUGAAAUUGUCUGUCGGACCAAUAUCCCAGCGUUUAAGCUGAAACACUCUGUUGUUCGUCGCCGAUACUCAGAUUUCGAAUACUUCCGAGAUAUACUGGAAAGGGAGAGCGCACGAGUCACGAUACCGCCACUCCCAGGAAAAGUGUUCACAAACCGCUUCAGUGACGAUGUGAUCGAACACCGUAGGGAAGGGCUUCAGCGGUUUUUGCAAAUAGUAGUCGGUCACCCCCUACUUCAGACUGGAAGCAAAGUGCUGGCCAGCUUUGUACAAGGUAAAUAUCUACCCUUAUCUAUACAAAUAUACGCUAUAGACUAA